UGUAUUCAUUUUGAUUUCUUCAUUUAUCUCGUUAAAUGAUUAGUUCAUUGAUUCUUUGUAAAUAGUAAGAGAAACAAUUUGACAUUCAUUUGAUCAAAUAUGGCUACAUUUAUUGUGAGUAAAAAUACAAUCUAAUUUGACAUGUACACUUAACUAUAUUUUAUUUAUAAGCACACUGCAGUAAUGAAUGAUAAUGCCAUGAAUUCUAAAUACAUCUUAAAAUGAGAACUAAUGAUGUAUGAUUCCCCAAAAUAGGUGUUUUAAUUUACAAAUACAUGUUCACUUUUGAUUUCAAAUAUUUAAAAAUCCAACAUGAGCCCAAAGAAUUGUUGCGGCCCGACUCGACACAUUGUGCACGUUUGCCUAAUAUUGCGGCUGGUGUAGUUUCACACUGCAAAAUUCAAAAUAAUACUUAGAAUAUUGCCAUAUUGAUAAUAACUCUUCUUCCCGUGGCUGCGUGGCUUUUCUCCGGGUGCUCCGGUUUCCUCCCACAUCCCAAAAAGGUAGGUAGGUCGAUUGCCCGUAGGUGGGAAUGUGAGUUUGUUUGGAUGUGCCCCGCGAUUGGCCGGCGACCGGUUCAGGGAGCGCCCCGCCUCUCGCCCAGAGUCGGCUGGGAUAGGCUCCAGCACGCCCGCGACCCAAGCGAGGAUAAGCGAUACCGAAGAUGAAUGAAUGAAUGAAUGAAUGAAUGAUAAUAACUCACUAAUGGAUGACUAAUGCUCAAUCAUGUAAUAACACCAACAAGAACAAUAAUAAUAAUGAUAACAACAGAGGUGGGUAGGAAGGCGCUACAUUUAUUCCGUUAUAUUUACUCAAGAAUUGUACUUGUCAGAGUAGUUUUAAUGAAGCAUACUUUGUACUUUUCCUCGCGUAUUAUGUGAGGAAGAAACGGUGCUUUUUUUUAUUGCCUUCCAAUAAUCUACAUUUUCAUUUAGCAACAAUUGCGUGCGCCAUCUAUUUUUCGACUUUUGCAUCGGGCGCCGUUGCUCCGAUCCGCCGUGAUGACCACAGUAACGUUUGACGACGCAAGAAAGUCACAUGUCCGCGCACAAAGUCUUCGAUUGGCCUUGGCGGGCCAAUCAAAUUGAGUCGUGACAGCCGUGCGCGACUCGUGUUUACAUUACAGACUAUGAAAACAACAGCUUUAGCAUGCAGCGUAGUUUUGUCACUGGCCAAACUUGGACAUUUCAGCCCACUUCUAACUUGAGAAACCAGUUGCAGAUGUUUUUGCUGUUGUUUUGGCGACAUUAGCACUAUUUUAUGGUCACAAGUAACAUUGUGUUCUCUCUCUCUCUGACACACACGCACACGCAGGGAGGUCAUGUGACCGACGCACGUUGUCUUCUUUUAGCUCAGGAACCUCUCGGGAAUGUUUGCGAGCUAAAUUUGUCCUAGGAGCCGUCCCGGCUGACGGGAAGUCUCCGGUGUCCCCGGGCCACGGCAGCGUCUUCCGGCGUGACCGACGGGCUGAGCGCGACGCAAGGUCCUCCUUCGGGUCGGCUCUCAUCCGGAACCUUCUCCUGACGACCGGAGCGCUCUCAGGGACAACACGAGAACGCUUGGGCCCGUAGACAGGAAGUCGGGCGUGCGGACGGUAAGAUGCGUGAGUUGUUUCUGUUGCCGGGUAGACGUUCCGCCGGUCUCCCUGCCCCCGCGGUCUCCUUCUCCGUGAGGACCUCCGGAACCUUCCCCUUCUUCCGUGUGGUCAAAUGCCGCAGGUGCCGCCCGAACGCUUCCGGUCCUCCCGCUCCCGCCUCCGAAAGCUCUUUGACGUCCCGUCUCCGUUUUUGUUGCGUUCGCAGCUCCGAGGAGGACCGAAGCGUUUUCUUUUCCCGCCUGCAGCUCAGCGACUUUAACGUGGUGCAGACGCUCGGAGUCGGAGGAUUCGGACGCGUCCAGCUGCGUCUCAAAGUGGGCGUGGCGUGGCGUCGCGUUCAGGUGCAGCUGAAGCGCGAGCAGACGAGGACGUUCGCCAUGAAGCUCCUGAAGAAGCGCCAGCUGCUUUCGGGGGGGCAGCGGGAGCAGGCGCGCUCGGAGAAGGUCAUCAUGAGCCGGACGCGCUGCCGCUUUGUGGUCAGGUUGUAUCGCACCUUUAAGGACAGCAAGUACCUGUACAUGCUGAUGGAGGCGUGUCUCGGCGGCGAGCUGUGGACGCUCCUCAGGGACAGGGGUUGUUUGGCGGCUGCGAGCAGUCGCUUCUACGUGGCGUGCGUGCUGCAGGCGUUGUCCUACCUUCACGCCAGACGCAUCGUCUACAGGGACGUGAAGCCCGAAAACGUCCUCCUGGACGCCCGCGGUUACGCCAAGUUGGUGGACUUUGGUUUCGCCAAGAAGCUCGGCAGGAAGGCGAAGACCAACGAGACGGAGAAGACGUGGACCUUCUGUGGGACUCCCGAGUACACGGCCCCGGAGGUCAUCCUCAACAAAGGUCACGACACCCGCGCUGAUCUUUGGUCUCUUGGCGUCCUCAUGUUUGAACUUCUCACUGGCAGCCCCCCGUUCUGCGGCGCAGACGCGGUGCAGACGUACGCCGCGGUCCUCCGGGGCGUGGACGUGCUAGAGUUCCCCGAGAAAAUCAGCCAGGACGCCGCCGAUCUCAUCAAGAAGUUGUGCAGGGACGAGCCCGGAGAGAGACCGGGAACGCUGAAGAACAGCGAGGACGUCCGGAUACACCGGUGGUUUGAGGGUUUCGAUUGGGAAGGCUUAGAGAAAGGAACGAUGACCCCGCCCAUCACACCGAACGUCUCGUCUACGACUGACACCGGCAACUUUGACCGUUUUCCCGCGGACGGCGAGGAACCGCCUCCGGACGACAACUCGGGAUGGGACUACGACUUCUAAGAGGAGAACGUUCUCCGAAUGUCGCCCGCCCGGGUCCAACAGCUGUACACACCUGAUGUCGGAUGCUUUCUCUCGAAACAUUGAAUAUUAAACUGAGGAUUUUUAUUAAAA